AUGUACGAGCUCGACGACAUCAGCACCGGAUUCCACGACGUUCUGCUGAACAAGUACAACAUGGGAACGGCGCCGAUUUCGGACCUGUACAUUACCGAUUCGAUGCAGGACAUGCUCGACAUCGACAUCAAGUCGGAGGUGGCGACGGUGGUUGGCGGAGUGAACGAGUUCUCGCUGCUGCUCAACCACGACCUGAUGCCGCAGCUGGACCUGGAUUCCAACUCCGUCGACGGUGGGGACAACUUCCUCAGCAGCGCGCUAACGGCGACGGCCAGCGAUCUGUACGCGGACGUUGGGAACUGCGCCAACCCGAACUGCGUCAUGCCGCUGGCGUCGUCCUCCGUUUCGCUGUCGACCACCAGCAGCAACACCCUGUCCACGUCGUCCUCGAUGAGUGCGCUGGUGGCGGCCCAGUCGCUGCUAAAGUCCCCGAAGCAAACGCACUCGCUGAACCUCAACAUGCUCGCCCAUGGCACGGAGCGCGAUCCGACACUGCCCAGCCCGAAGGAGCGCAAAAGCCACCUAACGUUCUCGCCCAGCACGAUCAAGGUGCCGCUGAUGCACGACGCCCGGAAGCUAUCGAAUCUGCCGCAAAUCACACGAGUAACCGGCGGCACCGCCACGACAAAGGUACCGUACACGGCGCCCGCGACUCCGGCCGACAGCGUCCGUAAGGAUCUGAGCACACAGAUGACGCUCAAGGAGGAGCGGAUUAUCGUUCGCACCGGGUUGGCGAUCAAGACGGAGCACCACCAGGAGCCGAAGGUCCACGGGGAAGCGAAGAAGGUGUCCACCGGUUCCACCGGCACCGGCCUGGGGCUCGGGAAAGGCAAUACCAUCAAGCUGGCGGCCGGUAUCGGGGGACUCACGUUCGGCAACAGUGCAGUGCAGUUCAAGAAUCUGAAGAGCGUCCAAAAGAUCACCAGCAUCAGCUCGCUGAAGCGCUCCGGCAGCCCCCAGCCGGGUUCCGCGAGCCCGAAGCUGUACAACCAAAGCCUAAUCCUCCACCAGGGCGGUAAACCGUCGCCCGGUUCGGUUGCCAGCAGCGGAAUGCUAUCACCCCGCUCACCGACGACGACGGCGCGGCAAAGCCACAAGCAGAAGCUGGCCUCGUUCAUCGGCAAGGGGGAAAGCGAAUUUCCGAAACCGGCCUACUCGUACUCCUGCCUAAUCGCGAUGGCCCUCAAGAACUCCCGGUCCGGCUCGCUACCCGUGUCCGAGAUCUACAGCUUCAUGUGCCAGCACUUUCCGUACUUCAAGACGGCACCGAACGGCUGGAAGAACUCGGUGCGCCACAAUCUGUCGCUGAACAAGUGUUUCGAGAAAAUCGAGAAACCCGCCAAGAAUGGGGGCGUCCGGAAGGGCUGCCUGUGGGCAAUGAACCCGAUCAAAAUCUCCAAGAUGGACGAGGAGGUGCAGAAGUGGUCCCGCAAAGACCCGCUCGCCAUCCGCAAGGCGAUGGUGCAUCCGGAGCAUCUGGAGGCGCUCGAGCGGGGCGAGAUGAAGCACGGUUCGAACAGCGACGACGAUCUCGAUCCGGAGGAGGACCUGGAGAGUGACGGUGGACCGAUGUCCGAUGUCGACGCUGAGGAGGUGGACGAGGACGUCGGCGGUGACCCGGAGGACGCCGAGGACGAGGAAGAGGAGGAGGAAGAUGAAGUGGUGGAGCUCGAGCAGCCGGACCACGACAUCAUCGACGUCGAUGCGGAAAGCUUCAUCAUUAACACGCCGGAAUCGCUGAUCGAUGGCGAUGAUGAGACGGGUGAACCGCUAGAUUUCGAUAUCGAGGUGCCCGAUUUCUACGAAAACAUCAACGUCGACUCGAAGGACGGCUCACUGGCGAUGGAGCUGACCCAACAGGACCUGCUGACGUUGGCAGAUGAGGACGAAUCGUUGUACAUUAACCAAUCGCACCUACAGCAGCAGCAAACACAGCAACCACAGCUGGUGCACAGGUUGCCGCAGCAACAGCAAAUCGUGCGUCAGGCGCAAAUCGUCACGCAACAUCGACAGCAACCGCCUGCCAAGCGAGCACGGCUCGACGUCAGCUACUCGCAUGCUUCUCCCGCUCACAAAACUACCCUGGUCAGCAGUGGUGGAAACGGCGGCACCGGGGGAUUGGUGAACAUUUUGGCGACCCGUCAACCGACGAUGGCCACAACGGCUACGUUGCACAGUGCCACCAGUAAAACCAUAACGAUCGCGAAUGGAGCCAACGUUGGAGCGCUCAACUUCCAGCAACACUUUCAGCAAAUGCAACUCACAACACAGCAACAGCAGCAGUUACUACGGCAACAGCAAAUAAACGGCAGCCGCAGGAAGAUGCCCGUGGUCUCGCGGUUGGUUCAGUAG